AGGCAUUAUACCUACUACUAUUCGAAUUAUCAGUAAUAUAAAUAGCUAUUCAUUAAUUGAGAAAUUAUCAGUCUCACUCCAACAGUCGAGAAAAUACUAGCACCAUGUUCACCAAAGUGCUCGUCAUCUGCGCCCUCGCCGCCGUGGCCCUCGCCAACGACUUCCCCCACGGCAUCCACCCGGCGAUCUGCCCAAACUACCCUCUGUGCGACCCGGCCGUGCUAGCCCGCCAUACCCCAGAAGGGAUCCCCAUACCCGACUGGGAUCUCCCGGUUGUCCGCUCAGCUGCCAUGCCUGUUUUUGAAGCUAUCCGGUACCCCGCGGACUUCGACCCCGCUCUGUGCCCCAACUAUCCGUACUGCUUCUAAAUCUACUGUGACAACAUAGGCCGUGUCAUUCAUAAUGGCGCGUGGUUUUCUGUGCGUAAUUGUAAAAUGAUAUAAAUUGUGAUGUAAAUUGUAAAUUCGUUUAAAAUUUAACUUUUCGUAUGUAUAAAAAGUACAAACAAAAGAAAACAAAAUUCCGAAAGAAGAUGUAAAUAAUAGGU